UACUACAAUGCCAGCCGGUGCAGCUGGCCCCUCUUCGAAUUGGCUCGCACUACAGAAGGCGAGCAUAUGAUUAUCUACCACGCGCUUUCCUCAACCGCUGUAUCAUACAGACACUACCCAAAACAAAAACUCGACCACGCGAGUCCCGGGAUUCAUCCGACUUACCUCGGAAGCGAAGAAAGAUCGAGCAGGAAGAAUUACCUUCUCACUCCACUUUGAAGACUGCAAAGACGUCUGCAACGCGAAAUCAAGACAAUCAUGGAGAGUUGGAAGAAAUGCGCAACGGCGAGUCGGUGACAACGUUACGCAAGAUGGUUGCAGGGAAUGUCGAGUACACCGAGGCCCAGACUCAGCCAGGCAAGUAUCUCGCCCUCGACUGUGAAAUGGUUGGUGUAGGAUCAGAAGGCGAGGAAUCAUCGCUCGCACGCGUUAGCAUCGUCAACUUCUACGGUGCCAUUCAAUUGGAUGCUUUUGUCCGUCAGCGAGAGCGCGUUGUGGACUACCGAACUCAGUGGAGUGGCGUCCGCGAAUCCGAUAUGGUCAAUGCGCAUCCAUUCGAUGAAAUACAAGGGCGCGUCGCGGCCCUACUGAAAGACCGGAUCCUCGUUGGGCACGCGCUCCAAAAUGAUACCAAAGCAUUAUUGUUGUCUCAUCCGCGUCCGUAUACCCGAGACACGCAGCAUUUGGCGGGCAAGCACAAAGUCGCCAAGUCCAAAUACGUCGCCUUGAGGAAUCUGGUCAAGCAGGAGCUGGGGAUCGGCAUUCAGGAAGGCGAGCAUUCUAGUGUUACGGAUGCGCGGGCAACGAUGGCUGUUUUUCGGAUUCAUCGUAAGGAAUGGGAGAAAGGCUUUCCUUCGUUACCAGCUUCAGGGACAACUCAACCGGACACUGGAGCAAGAGAACGGGACGAUGACAAUCCGGAAUCCGAUAGUUCAGACGACGAUGAUCAGGCGCCGGAGCCUGUACAAAAGAAGCAACCACGUCCACGCAGGCAUGCACCAACGAAAGCGAAAGGCAUCAGUUCGGGACUGACCACUAUCGUGCACAAGCGCGGUGUGGGGAAACGCAACCAACGGACCGCGAUUCGGAGUGGGGAGAAUCUUCCGAAAGCGCAAUCGCAAUGGUGGAAUGUUCUAGGAAACGGUAGUGCUAAAGGGUCCAUGUCUCUUCGAAUGUGAAUCAAACCGCGCUUCAUCCGGUCCAGGUUUUGCUGUGCAUUCCUCCAUCUUAAACAGCCCCACCGGCAAUACAUUUUACUUCCGCCCCGAUCACGUAUAAGUGCGAGGAUGGCGCUCUCCUUUAACUAUCUCCCCCCUCCCACACUCCUUGUUUUCCCGCUCCUGAGAUUAUCCCCAAUCACCGUCCCUCUUUUCCCUCCCCGAUGUUGAAAGACCUGCACACCAGCCCGACCUCCUCCUCAAGAACGAGAUACCGGCCAGUGUCUCUGCCCGUCUAUCUCGAUUACAAGAGGGGGUCGGUUGCAGUUUCCCCUCCCUGCAGGCGCCACCCCAGUGGGGCCAUGGAUUCUCCAUCCCCUUCUCCCCAGCGCUCCCUAACUUCGAAAUCUCCUUUUCUCAACCUCACUGCGCUUCCGCGCUUUGUGCGUCCUGUUCCGCGUACCGCCACAAUCCCCUGUCCCACCCAACGGUCCUUCCGUCCCCAACAAAACGAGUCUCGUUGCCUGCAGAUGCUGAUUCACGGUCUUUUCGUUGCCUUCGAGGACGACUUUGUUGACUCUGGAGUCGCACGAGCCGAAGACCUCCGAGCAGACGGAGGCCGGCCAUUCACGCACUACAUCUCUCUCUCCACCCGCCAUUCUGCCCAAAUCAAACCUUGCGCAGAACGCAAGACGGGGGCGCAGAAACUGAAGUUGCGACUUCCCAGGCUGUACAGCCCCGAGCCACCGACUCCCGCUGAAAUCGACGCCAAAGUUCAGCGCGUGCGGGACGAAGCACUGGCACGGGGAGAAGCCCUUUGCAAGGAAGACUACUUCGACAUCCUGUUCGACGAGGGAGAAGCCAGUCGAUUCACGUCUCUUGACGAAAGGCAGCUCCUCGCAGUACGAGAUUUUCUGUAUGAGUCUGGGCUGAGCACGGAUGAAAACGUGCGAGUGCUGCUGACCACACCGCGGGAUCACAGGACGGAUGCUAUGGCGGCCGUCCUGGGCUACCUCUCGCUUGUCCUCGGCCAUCGCAUGGCUCAUAUUUUGCAUGCGCAGGACAACCAUCCCAGAAUCCUCAGCAUCUGGAAAGACUCCAUCUCCCGCGAGUGCAUUGAGUACCUCGAGGAUGUUUCUCGUUUGUCAUAAUCGUUCCUUUCAUUUUGCAACCUUAUCAUAGUCUCGUGCGUAAUCACUACAUUCCGUGGGUACCUAGACCCCGAAGGAGACUAGGAAACUAGUCACCCAUAGCCCCUUGAGCGUGACUACACAUGUAGACACCAUAGUGAUUAAUACCGGUGGCUACAUGGGACCAAGUGGGGUGCAAGUGGGGUCGAGAGAGAUCGGUCACUGAUCGGCCAUCAUUCAGUCUCGGCUAGUCCACUCUUGCUCCCACGGCACUCUCUGAGCGCAAUUUCGGGCCUCUCCCGCCUCUCCCGCCAUUGUGGACAUUCUUAGAUACUACAAAUUUUAUAGAGAGCAUGAAUGCAUUAUUAAAACCGCUUGUAUUUACUGUUACAUGUCUACCGCCCAUUGCGUAUGAGGACCAGGGACGGAAAAAGCUAAAAUGACAUGAUUGCCUGUUUUGAAAACUCGCACACGCACACGGUCCCUUCACACUGGCACCAGGUUGACAACGAGAAUGGAGGUUUUUGAGAUGGCCCAACAACUGCAUUCACCGACUAGUACAGUGUGGAUGAAGGAAAAGUAUGGAAAAGUAUGGAGGAGUCAAAAGGGUGGACUGGCGGCAACGUC